UGUGUACGUAGGUGAUGAUGCGCUUCCAAAUGGGUUAGACGUUACCUUUGAAGUAACUGAAUUAAGGAGAUUAACGGGCAGUUACAACACCAUGGUUGGGAACAACGAAGGCAGUAUGGUGCUUGGCCUCAAACUCCCUAAUCUUCUAGGCCGUGCAGAAAAGGUGACUUUUCAGUUUUCCUAUGGAACCAAAGAGACUUCGUAUGGCCUGUCCUUCUUCAAACCACGGCCCGGAAACUUCGAGAGAAACUUCUCUGUAAACUUAUAUAAAGUUACUGGCCAGUUCCCUUGGAGCUCACUUCGGGAGACAGACAGAGGAGUGUCUGCCGAGUACAGCUUUCCCAUAUGGAAAACCAACCACACCGUCAAGUGGGAGGGCGUGUGGCGGGAGCUGGGCUGCCUCUCGAGGACGGCGUCCUUUGCUGUCCGGAAGGAAAGUGGGCACUCGCUGAAAUCAUCUCUUUCGCAUGCAAUGGUCAUCGACUCACGGAACUCCUCCAUCUUGCCCAGAAGAGGUGCUCUGCUGAAAGUUAACCAGGAGCUGGCCGGCUACACUGGAGGGGACGUGAGCUUCAUAAAAGAAGAUUUCGAGCUUCAGUUGAAUAAACAACUUUUACUCGAUUCAGUUUUCUCAGCGUCUCUCUGGGGUGGGAUGCUGGUGCCCAUUGGCGAUAAACCAUCAAGUAUUGCGGACAGGUAAGGAAUAACGAGUGAGUGAGUGCCUUGCAGA